CCCGCCUCAGCUUGCGCGAAUCGACCGCAUCGAUAACCUCCAGCAUCCUCGAGUACCGACAAAUCCAUGGCCGGGAGUACCAGUCGUCCAAGACAACCGAAUACUGGGCCCCAGUCGACAACAAGCAUAUCGAGGGAUUUGAUGUGGCACACCAUUAUACACGGAUGCUGAUGAACGACAAGCUCUACGCUGCCCCCAUCGGAGACAACCCUCAAACAAUCCUAGACGUGGGAACGGGAACUGGAAUUUGGGCCAUUGACAUCGCCGAUGAAUUCCCGUCCGCCGAGGUGAUUGGCACCGACAUAUCGGCGGUCCAGCCCCCCUGGGUCCCCCCCAACUGCUCUUUCCAGAUCGACGACGCACAGCUGGACUGGACGUUCAAGGAAGACUACUUCGACUUUGUCCACAUCCGCCACCUGUACGGCGGCAUCGACAACUGGGAGAAGCUAUACCGCCAGACCUUCACGCACCUCAAGCCGGGGGGCUGGUUCGAGAACAUCGAGGUCGACAUCGAGACGCGGUCCGAGAACCCGAAGGUGGCCAACGAUGAGGAUCACAUCUUCAAGAAGUGGUGCGAUCUUUUCUGGAAGGCCGGCGACAAGCUGGGCCGGACCUUCCGGAUCGCGCGCGAUGGACAGAUGGAGAAAUACAUGAAGGAAGCUGGCUUCGUCGACAUUGUCCAUCAGCAUUGGAAGGUGCCCAUCGGCGGCUGGCCGCAGGACCCGAAGCUCAAGCGCGUUGGGCAGUACAACGGGCUGUUCAUCGACCAGUCCCUGGACGGCUUUGCCGUCUACCCGGUCGGCGAGGUCUUGGGCUGGACCUUUGAGGAGGUCGACGUGCUCGUGGGCAAGAUGCGCGCCGCCCUUCGGGAUCCCAAGGCGCUGCCUUAUUUCAACCUGCACAUGGUUUAUGGUCGCAAGCCUGAUACCCCGAAGUGAUACCCCGAAGUCUGCUCUUAGCAAGUAAUUAUCUAGUUUUGCGCUGCUAUUCUAGAAAAAAAUAGCCAAACAGACACUGUCUGCAUGCCGCUGUAACAAACACACGAACACGCGCGCAUGACCGUGGUGUGGCUGGGAAGUAACUGGUGCCUCUUCUCAGUCCCAAUGAUGGAAGUGGAAAAUACCAUUCUGACGGGCUGAGCGCCGAA